CUGAUCAGAUAAUCAAAACAAUCAGAACUGCCUCAGAACAGUUUGAGUGAUGAGUAGUGCGGCCUGGGAACACUGGAGUGCCUUCUCCCUAGACCAGCGCCAGCCAGGCCAGAGAAAUGUGCUGAGAGGAAGCUGAGGUCCAGGCUGUUGAGUCAUCUGGGAUUUUUAAAGUGAAGGUGUCUGGGACAGUGCACCGCUCUCACCAUCACUCCAUUCUGCCAUCUGUAUCUCCAUCCCUCAGUCAUUUUUUUUUUUUUUUUUAGUCAGGUGAUGGCACUUUUAAUCUGAAAGGCCAGACUUCCUUCCCCUCUCCGUCUCUGUUUUCUUUCUCUGGGGCACCCACCCGGCUUCCACCAUUCGCCCCUCCCUUGCAACAGCCGUCCUCCCCCCUCGCUCCCCGCCCCCAGUCCUCCUCCCCCUCUCCCUCCACCGUCUCUGCCCCUUCCUCCCCUCACCACUACCACCACCACCACCACCACCACCAUCCUCACCUUCAGCCACACUCCCUGCAUCACCACCACCAGCUCUCCUCCUCUGCGGUAGCCAUGGCGACGGCCGCCACCGCCUCCUCCUCCUCUGCCUCCCCGUCGUCCUCGCCGUCGGCUAACAGCAGCGCCCGGGAGCACCUGCUGUCGGUGCGUCGGCGCACCCCGCACGCCCGGCCGUACACAAUCGGGCCCGACAACCUCUGCAGCUUGUCGGUGCAGGGUGCAGUCGGGGGCUCCACCUCUGGAUCCUCCUCCUCCCCCAUGUCGUCAGGGGUCCAGCCAGAAGCAGCGGGUCUGGGACUCCAGCGGGCCAAUAGUGACACAGACCUGGUGACCUCAGACAGCCGCUCAUCGCUCACGGCGUCUACAUACCAGCUGACCCUAGGCCACGGGCACCUGGUCAUUUCGUGGGACAUCAAGGAGGAAGUGGAUGCCACUGACUGGAUCGGACUGUACCACAUCGAUGAGACGUGUGUGGCCAAUGUCUGGGACUCCAAGAACCGUGGAGUGAACGGCACCCAGAGAGGACAGAUUGUCUGGCGGCUGGAAGCGGGACCCUACUUCAUGGAACCGGAGACGAAGGUCUGCUUUAAAUACUAUCACGGUGUAAGUGGAGCAUUAAGAGCAACAACACCUUGUAUCACCGUCAAGAACCCUGGAGUGCCGGUAUGUACAUCUGCCCAAGCGGAUGACCAAUCAGGGACUGAGCACUGCCGGAAACUCGUCAGCUUCACCCUAUCAGACAUCCGGGCGGUGGGCCUGAAGAAGGGCAUGUUCUUCAACCCAGACCCUUACCUGAAGAUGUCCAUCCAGCCUGAGAGGAGUGGCCUCCCCAAGUUCACCCACCACGGCCAGGAGAGACGGUCCUCCAUCAUAGCUAACACCACCAACCCUGUGUGGCACGGGGAGAAGUACACCUUUGUGGCUCUGAUGACUGACGUGUUGGAGAUCGAAGUGAAAGAUAAGUUCGCCAAGAGCCGACCGAUUAUCAAGCGCUUUCUGGGUCAGCUGAUCAUCCCUGUGCAGAGACUUCUGGAGCGGCCCACAGCUGACGAUCACCCAGCCAGCUACAGCCUGUGUCGCCGUCUCCCCACGGACCACGUGAGCGGGCAGCUUCAGUUCAGAGUGGACAUCACCUCCAACGGACAUGAAGAAGCCUCCCCAGAUGCAGUGGGAACCAUCUUGGGCGGCACGGUGAACGGUGACCCCGGCAGUCCCUCUGACGAUGAAGACCUCCCUCACCCCUCCUCGUCCUCACGGGUCACGCACGGACCUUCCCCGACAGGCUCUGACGAGGGCUCCCUGUUAGUCAACGGUACUUGUUACUACGUCGAUGACAGCGUGUGGCGGGAUCCCGGGCGGAUGGACGAGGAGGAUCUGCUUCCUGUGGCUCUGGGAGGCCACACCCACCGGCAGGUGUCACUCAAUGACUAUCUGGAUACCAUUGAGGCUCCCAGGAGCCCCGGGGACCAAUCUCUGGCCGGGCCUUCUCCAAAACUGCGCUCCAGCUUUCCGACAGACACGCGGCUCAAUGCCAUGCUGCACAUAGACUCAGAUGAGGACGAGGAGAGCGGACAGCACAGGGACCAAUCACAGGAGACGAAGACACUGCAGAGCACAGACCUGGCCUUAUCAAGGAGAUUAGCUAGAUCGGAGUCUCAGCAGAGGAGCGUGGGUUCACAAGGAGAGCCACAGAGACAGACUGAAGCUGGAGCCACUGUAGAGGCAGGUUCAUCGUGCGGUGCUCAGCCAGUCACUGAGUCUGAGGGGGAUGAAACUGGGGCCGCAGAGGGUGCAGCUGAAGUCCAGAACUCAGGAACAUCAGCCACAGCUGGGACUGGAGAGGCUGCCGGUGCAUCAGCUGAGGUGGCACAUGUCAGUGGAGAAACCUCCACAGCCUCCUGCUCAUCUCAGGCACCAGGGGCUGAGGCAGCUGCAGCCGCUGACCCGGCAGAGUCUGUGAGGGACUGUAUCUGUCAGGGGCAGAGCAGCAGGACCGGUACAAACCAAGAGGGACCCUGCAGUCCUCCACUUGGUCUACUUUCACCCAUUCAGGAGGUGGAGACAGGAAAAGAAGUGGCUCCAAAGGCAGAGGAGGAAGGGGCGGAGUCAUCGAGCAGCGAGGCAAACGGCCUAGCAACAGUCGAUCAAGGAGGAGGGGCUUCUGAAGCUGCUCAAGCCAGUGGUGGGGACAGGCAGGAGGAGGGAGGAGGAGGAGGGAGGGAGGUAUGGAGGAGGAGGCAGUCCAUGCAGUCGUCCGGGAGCGUGGCCCAGAACCAGGAAGUGUGCAGGGCCAGAGAGAGUCAGAGUGGGACAGUGGGGGUGAGAGAGACAGGUGCCACAGCUCAGGUGAAUGGCCACCACUCUGUUCGCUCCCUGCCAUCCGUCCGUCACGACAUCAGUCGAUACCAGAGAGUGGACGAGCCGCUGCCACCCAACUGGGAGGCUCGUAUCGACAGCCAUGGUCGGAUCUUCUACGUGGAUCACGUGAACAGAACCACAACGUGGCAGCGUCCCACCGCUCCCCCUGCCCCGCAGACCCUGCAGAGGUCCAACUCCAUACAACAGAUGGAGCAGCUGAACCGCAGGUAUCAGAGUAUCCGUAGGACGAUAACCAAUGACAGCAGACCAGAGGAGCAGCCAGCCAAUGAGCUGCUGGCAGAUGAGACUGACAUGCACCCCUCCAUACCAGAGCUGCGUAGGGACAACAGUGUGGCUCAGUCCAGUUCCAGGUCUCGCCUCACCCUGUUGCUUCAGUCUCCUAGUGCCAAGUUCCUCACUAGCCCUGACUUCUUCACUGUGCUUCAUUCCAACCCGAGUGCCUACCGUAUGUUUGCCACCAAUACGUGUCUGAAGCAUAUGAUCAGUAAGGUUCGCCGGGAUGCUCACCAUUUUGAGCGCUACCAGCACAACAGGGACCUAGUGGCCUUCCUCAACAUGUUUGCCAACAAACAGCUGGAGCUGCCCAGAGGCUGGGAGAUGAAGCACGACCACACCGGCAAGCCUUUCUUUGUGGACCAUAACUGCCGUGCCACCACCUUCAUUGAUCCCCGGCUGCCUCUCCAGAGCUCACGGCCCCCAAGUCUCCUGGCUCACCGUCAACACUUGACACGCCAACGCAGUCACAGCGCUGGGGAGGUCAGCCCACGACGCCUGGCAGGUGAAGACCCUCGUCACGUCGGCCCACCCAUAGUGCCGCGGCCUUCCAGUACCUUCACCUCUAACAACAGGGGGCAGUGCCAAGACAUUGUGCCAGUGGCUUACAAUGACAAGAUUGUGGCAUUUCUACGACAACCAAACAUCUUUGAGAUUCUGCAGGAGAGACAGCCUGACAUCAGCCGGAACCAUUCACUCAGGGAGAAGGUGCAGCUGAUCCGAACAGAUGGAGCAUCAGGAUUGGCCAGGCUGUCUGGAGAUGCGGACCUUGUCAUGCUGCUAAGUUUGUUCAAUGAACAUCAUUAAACACACAACUACAUAGCAUCUGUUCUGUCUGCUGUGUUUUGAGGUACUCAGAGAGCGAAUGCCAGAGCUCCAGCACCGUACAAAAGAGAUUUUGAAGCCAAACUGCGCAACUUCUACAGGAAACUUGAAACUAAAGGUUACGGGCAAGGACCCGGCAAAUUAAAGUUGAUCGUCCGUCGUGACCGUCUGCUGGAAGAUGCCUUCAACCAGAUCAUGUGCUACUCCCGGAAAGACCUGCAGCGCAGCAAGCUCUACGUUAGCUUUGUUGGGGAGGAGGGAUUGGACUACAGUGGGCCUUCCAGAGAGUUCUUCUUCUUGGUAUCUAGGGAGCUCUUCAACCCUUAUUAUGGUCUGUUUGAAUACUCUGCCAACGACACCUACACUGUUCAGAUCAGCCCCAUGUCCGCCUUCGUAGAUAAUCACCACGAAUGGUUUCGGUUCAGCGGGCGUAUUCUGGGUCUGGCUCUAAUCCAUCAGUACCUGCUGGAUGCCUUCUUCACCAGACCUUUCUAUAAAGGCCUACUGCGCAUUCCAUGUGACCUGAGUGACCUGGAGUAUCUGGAUGAAGAGUUUCACCAGUCCCUUCAGUGGACAAAGGACAAUGACAUCGAGGACAUUCUGGACCUCACUUUCACCGUCAAUGAAGAAGUGUUCGGACAGAUAACAGAGAGAGAGCUGAAGCCCGGUGGAGCUAACAUCCCAGUCUCAGAGAAGAACAAGAAGGAAUACAUUGAGCGGAUGGUGAAGUGGAGAAUAGAGAGAGGAGUGGUGCAGCAGACUGAGAGCCUUGUCAGAGGCUUCUAUGAGGUGGUGGACGCCAGGUUGGUGUCGGUGUUUGAUGCCAGGGAGCUGGAGCUGGUGAUUGCCGGCACCGCUGAGAUCGACUUGUCAGACUGGAGGAACAACACAGAGUACAGAGGAGGUUACCAUGACAAUCACAUAGUCAUCAGGUGGUUCUGGGCAGCAGUGGAGAGGUUUAACAAUGAACAGAGACUACGGCUUCUGCAGUUUGUGACCGGUACGUCCAGUAUUCCUUACGAGGGCUUCGCUUCUCUGCGAGGCAGCAACGGACCACGCAGAUUCUGUGUGGAGAAAUGGGGGAAGGUCACGUCACUGCCCAGAGCUCAUACUUGUUUCAACCGACUGGACCUGCCACCGUACCCAUCCUUUUCCAUGCUGUAUGAAAAGAUGCUGACUGCUGUGGAGGAGACAAGUACCUUUGGGCUGGAAUGAGCCCUUCGACUGCCCACCCACCUGAUUCUCAGCUACCCUCAGUCUACUCCUCAAGGCUGCUGGUGGCAGUGAAAAGAAGAAGCUGUGAUAGCAGCUGACAAAGGCUUCAAAAACUGGAUUUAAACUGCCAAUGAUGGUCUAUGUUUUAUUUAUAGCGGGCUACAUUUUAUGAGAAGCUGCAAAGCCAUCUGAACCAUAAAGCUGCCCUCUGACCUCCUGAAAUGUGUCGUCUUCUUAUUUUUUUCGUUGUUGCACCUGCAUGGAUUUCACACCCACUUACCAACACGUGCUUGCACCUGUACGAAGAGACAAAUAAAGACCCGCUCUGCCUUUGGGACUGGGAUUACUGCUGCCUGGGAUUUGACCAAAUCAAAGACCAGGAGUUUUUUUUUUUCCCCCCCACAUUCUCCAUGAUACCAUGUACAAAUGUACAAACCACAAGAAGCAACCACUGCCUUCGCUGCAAAACCUGACUGGAUUCAGCCUCUUUUAGUCAUGCACUACAGCGCCCCCCUGUGGCGUGUUUGUCUGGACUGCACUCAUGUAGAUAGUGCUUUUCUACCUGCCUGGGGCCUGUUUGGUAAAGUCUGUGGGAACUUCACCCACAGCUGAAGCUUUGUUAUUGUUGUUACAGUAUUUUCAAGAGAAAGUAAUUUUCCAAUGAUGCGGCAGUGACAUGUUGUGAUCUGAAUGUAACUAACUUUUGGAUGUAGACUGUGUGGGGAUUGAAGUUUUUUCUACCACAACACUCAAAUGGCAAAAACUAUUAAGCCACUGAUUACUUCAGUUAAUAAGCUGAUGAUAAGAAAUUACAGUAACAUUCAACAUGCAGCCAUUUCCUUUUACUUUGAUUGUAUCUGAUUGGUUUGAAAUUAGUUUUGACUGUAUAGCCAAAUAAACAAAUUAAAUGUCCUCCCAACAGUGGGGUGGCAAGAGGUUUUGGCAGGGUGGCAAAAGGGAAGGCAGUGGGUGGAAAAGACAUACUGCUUCUGCAGGUAAAUACCUGAAGGGUAUGGACUUUACAUUUUCUUUCAGUCCAGAUCCUCUGAUCGAGCAGCCACAGUUUGAAAGCAUCUCUAGGUUAAAAUCCAUCAGGAACAACUGGUUAACAAGUUACAACCAAUGCAGUUUCUAGUCUGACAAAGUCAACCACUCCCUCUUUACUAUGUAAUUCAAUUUGUUUCCUGUAAAUGUAUCCCCUACAGAGGCCUCAAAAUUCUGACAAUGCAAAUAACAUAGCAGUGGUCCUAGCAUGUACACCUCUUCCUGCUAACAAUCCCACAAUACAGUGCAUCACAUUUUAGAGAUGCUAAAAUUAUAGUUGUGCAACUCUACAUCUGUCAGUGAUGCAAAAGUAUGGCAAUGCAUCAGUGCAGCAAGCACUGUCAGAUUUACAGAAUCAUCACAAGUUAUCUCAGGUGCAGGUCUCAACCAUAAUAUCAUUUACAGAAACGGCCCCAACAUUUCCCCCGAUGAGCAACACUUCCACUGCCACAUCAAACCACAACAACUAACAACUAUACAACAAGUCAAACACAAAUUAUUCUUCAUUUGGGGGGGGGGGGGGGGGGGGGAUGAGCUGCUAGCCCCCAUGCCUACCUCUAGAGCCAACCCUGCCACACAGAUCUGACCAAUUUUAAGUCCAAUUAAUUAUGUAGUCAUGGAAACAGACUUCAGACAUUUAUGUACAAACUGGCAUCGAAAUGUCUUCUCAGCAUAUUCACUAAUACUCAUUAGAAACAGAUUUCCUUUUCAUUAUUAUUGGCUUGUUAUUCACAUUGCACACUAUGACUAGAAUGUCCAAGAGAGCUCCAAAUGAUAGUGUUUUCUCUUUCUACACUUGUGAUGUUUACCACUUGUUUGAAUCUGAUCACACAUACUGUAUGUUAACUCUGUAAAAUCUCAUUUGCUGACAUUUACGCUCUUGUCAUCAUUUCAACAUCUAACGAAUUGUUUCAACUUCAUCGUUCGUGUUCAUUUCAUUUAGCAGUGAACCUUUUCUCUUUUGUACACUGAGAUACCUGUGACUGCCCUCUUCACUCACAUUCCUCUCUGCACGAUGAAUGUAAAGCACGCCUUGAACGGCCACAUCAAACCGCAACAGCUGCCCCGACUACAUGCUGAAACACUCAAAAGAUCCUGAGCAAACACAAGCUCUUCUCAAUGCCUCAAAAGUCCAUUUCUGACAAGAGAGAAAAUCUUGUACUUUUGACUCAUGAAAAUGAACUAAAACUUAAUUAAAACUUCUCAUCAUUUUGACUACAUCCAGACUAGGAGACAGGAUUACAGCUGUUUUACUGUUUCAAAGAGUUAGAAGUUAGCUACUAUAAUUUAAAGGUCACUAAAGACUGGCCUGAUGCUCCACAGAUUUAUUUUUUUAAAGGGUCAAAACACAAGUAAAAAAGUGCAUUUUAUGCAAAGGGAGGCUACGUUUACUGAAACAUUCACAUGUGAAUUCAGUUCAAUUCAAAUGGGAUCAAACUGUUUUGUUCUUGUAUUAAAAAAUCUUUAUUUCCCUCACUGAAUGCACUGCCCUCGGUCUGUCUAACCAAAGUUCUGAGCCUUAACGGGCUGACUCACACUGAACACUGUCUGUACGGUCCACCUUGCUUUUAAUUCUGAAUGUUUGUCCUCUCCUAAAAUAAAUUUUCAUCUCUCUAUGCAAGCUUUGUCUGCCUCUCUUUCUGUCUCUCUUUGGACAGGGAUAAUAAAAGAAAAUUAUGUUUGUGUCCUAUCUUGUUUUUUAUGAGAACAUAUAGAACAUAUUCUAUCUUAUAUAUAUUUAUUGCACUGUUCUGGCAUGACAUUAUAUGUAAUUCCAAACCUCGCUGCUUUUAACUCUGACUCAGACUAUACAGUUGCAAGAAAAAGUAUGUGAACCCUUUGGGAUUAUGUGGAGUUUUGCAUGCAUUGGUCAUAAAAUGUGCUCUGAACUUCAUCUAAGUCACAACAAUAGAAAAACAGUCUGCAUAAAAUAAUACUACACAAACAUUACAAAAUACGCCUUCUGGAGUGGCCCAGUCAGAGUCCUGACCUCAACCCAAUUGAAAUGCUGUGGCAAGACCUUGAGAGAGCGAUUCACACCAGACAUCCCAAGAAUAUUGCUACACUGAAACAGUUUUGUGAAGAGGAGAGGUCCAAAAUGACUCCAGAUCGUUGUGCAGGUUUGAUCUGCAACUACAGGAAAUGUUUGGUUGAGGUUAUUGCUGCCAAAGGAGGGUCAACCAGUUAUUAAGUCCAAAGGUUCACAUACUUUUUCCACCCUGCACUGUGAAUGUUUACAUGUUAUGUUCAAUAAAAACAUAAAAACAUAUAAUAUUUGUGAAGUAUUAUUUAAAGCAGACUGUGUUUUUCUAUUGUUG